ACGAAGGUAUUGCAUGCAAACAGAACACAGCACUCCGUCCGUGCAGAUGCAGUUGCUGAAUGCAAUUCACCACCCAUCCACAUCAACCCCAAGUCCCCAACAGAGCACACCGUCUCAUCUAAAAUCACAUAAGCAAGAGAAAAACAAAAAGAAAAGAAAAAUGAAGACACUGAAAUACCCGUCGAGACCUCAACGCACACGCCCCCAAUAUUUAUUCAUCGCCAACACCCACUAUUCCAUCUAUUUUUCCUUUCCCCCCACACUUCCAUCACCGGCCUUCUCUUCUCGUCUCCUCGCCUCUCCCUUCUCCUCACCACGUCCCACGCGCUCCUCUCGUCGUCGCCGCCGCCCUCCGAGCCAGCCACCUAGGGCUUCUCCCGCCCCCCCUCCCCCCCGGGGGGCGUCGCAGCCACGUCGCCCACGGCCAUGGUGAUCUCGGCCGAGCCGCCCCCGCCGCCUCCCCCGGAUCCCGUCGCCGACGCCGCGGCGGUCGAGGCGGCCGCGGCCGCGGCCACGUCCAACGCCCGCCAGGCCGUCGCCUUCUCCUCGUUCCCGUCGCUCAAGACGUGGGGCAGCCACCGCGUCCUGCGCUGCGCCCACGUCAACCGCGGCGGCGACGCCAUCGCCACCGGCACGGCCACCGCUACCGCGAGGCGCUCCCCGGGGAAGCUCGACGUGGCCUGUGAGAAGGCCCCGCGCCACCCGAACGAGGCGGAAGCAGGGAGCAGCGACGCCGCCGACGUGGACCACGUGGCGGCGGCGGAGGCCCCGGAGCCUGCCGCCGCCGCCUCGCCACCGUGGAAGCUGCGCACCCGGCGGCGCCCCAAGCCGUCGGCGUCGGCGUCCGCGAGCGCGUCGCCGCCGCCCGAGCGGAGGCCGUCGCGGGCCCGCGCGGAGGCCCUCGACCGGGCGCGGUUCUCCGUGACGCUGACGAGCGAGGAGAUCGAGGAGGACAUCUACGCCGUCACCGGCGCCCGCCCGCGCCGCCGCCCUAGGCGGCGGCCCCGCCCCGUGCAGAAGCAGCUCGAUAUGCUAUUCCCCGGCUCGUGGCUGUCGGAGAUCACCGCCGAGACCUACCGGGUGCCGGACGACCGGUGAGGGGCGGACCGCGGAAAUCGUCGCCGGCCCAUCGAGCACCGUCGAGCCGCCGUCGACGAGGACGCAAGGAACCCGCAAGGCAAAUUCGCCAAUCCCAACCCCGGUGUUGUUAAUUCUUUCUUUAGCCUUCGUCGUCCGUCUUCUGCUGGUGAUGUUACCAUGAUGAUCCAAUCAGCUAUCGGUAACUAUUAUUAAUUGGUCGAAAUAGAAUGCUAGUAGCAGUAGCAGUAAGCAGCAAAGUGACUCGUAUCAAGUUGUUAUCUUUAGCAAAAGUACGUAAGGGAUAUUUGGUCGUCUGGUGCGUGCUGGGUAUUGGCACCUUGAUGGUACAUUUCUCCAAUGUUAAUGCUGUCUUGCUCCUCGCAUCGCUGUUUCGUGUCCAUGAAGUUGCAACGUUGCACAAAUUUGGAAAAAGAACUGACUCAUGCUUACCAUAUAUGUUCAUUGUCGAUUGUCAAUAA